AUGCGCAACCUGGUUUAUCCUAAAUAUCACGUGCUUGAAUCCCUUAACCGCCCCUGCGACGCUGUGGAUCGGCAUUCCACCCGCGUCUUUUCGCGCCGUGUCGCUUUCGCGCUUGAAGGUCGACAAUUACCCCGGAUUGCUAUCGAUACAUCUGAAUUGGUCAUCCUGGUCGCAGCCAUAGUUGCUUUGGCAUCUCCAGCCCUCGAUUUAUGCCUAAGGCUGCAAGCGUCUUAUUCAGUUCCAUCUUCUCACACUAACAGAAACAUCAAGCCGAUUCUUCUCCGCAUUGAACUUCCAAUGCCUGCUAGACGCGGCGCCACCAGGCGCGCGGGGUCUACUCGCUCCGACAUAGGGAGUGCGUCGACGUAUUUUCAGUCCAAACUGGGUCCGGAAGCAAGGACACAGGCUCUGCCAAACCUUCCAACCAAGCAGUCGUUCGCUUAUGGAUCUGCUGAGACGCCAAUCCUCCCGCGGGAGCUCAAGAUUCAGCCUCAUAUGGAUCUGACCGAGAUGGCCGACGCGAUCGACAAGGGAAUCGAGGAUGCUAAGGAUCGACAGAUGAAAGAGAAAGAAACCACCCAGGACAAAUCUCGUCGACAGAAGUCCCCUUCUAUUACCCGUUCCCCGGUUCGGCGGAGUCGACGGGAGCCGACCCCGGAUGAGUUGCAGCUUCUCGACAACCUGCGCGAGGCAACCAAGUCUCCUACUCCUGUACGGGGCAACUACAGCAACAACGACCAAUCCACCGCCACCCCCACGCCUCCUAUCCCGCACACUCUUUCUACCGCCUCAAGUCCUGCGCAGUCUCUACCUGUACCCAGAUAUCCCCACGUACCAGCCGAAAACCUGUAUCCAUCUCCUAUGGGGCGGUUUGGCCCACAAUUGCACGACGGGCCACCGUUAGGAAGCUCCCCGCUACCGGACGACUCGUCGUUAUAUUCGUUCACCGUUGAGCGAGCCAUCAACUCCGAUGAAUUGACACGGACGCUUUCCGAUGGAAAGAAUAUCAAGGCACCCCCUCGUCGAUUUUCCGGACUGGCUUUUGCCAACGAGCCUAUUCACGAAGAAGAAGAGCCGGACUCAAGGCUUCUGAAAACAAAAUCGAGAUCGCCCUCCCUACAGCCUAGCUACGAGGACUUCCAGAUAGAGCCUUCACCAGAGCCGGAGCCACAGUCGGAACCCGAGUCUGUGCAAGAGCUGGAACUAGAGCCUACGCCGGAGCCAGAGCCUAUUCCAGAGCUGGAGCCUAUGCCAGAGCCUACGCCGGAGCCGGAGGUUAUCAGAGAGAAGUCUCCUGCAGCCCAGUUUACCGCGCCCACAAAGACACUUAUCCCUAAUGCAUAUGCACGGAGGACUCCAUCACAAGAACCAUCAGUGGAUGAUGGCCAGCAAAAUAUUCGUCAGACAGGCCAGUCCUGGUCCUGGGUAGGAAGUCUAUCAGCACAGCUGCCCAGCGUAUCUACAGUCGCUCGUAUACUCGCAGGAAUAGCUUUGGCAGCAGCGACAGUUUACCUGGUUGCCUUUGGCGGCAUUCCCUCCCUUUCUCGACCGCCACAGUAUAUUCCGAUGGAUGAAAACAACAUGCUAGCAGUCAGCAGCCUUACGGACCAGAUGUCUCGAAUUGGGGCGCAGGUAUCAUCACUGGCGAAGGAAAUGCGCACCGUCAAAUGGGAUGUGAACGAGGUGCAAUCGGAGGUGCGAUCAUCACCCACUCCGAUCAUGCCGCCAAGCAGAGGAAGCACCGAUCUUGGUCCUCCAACGGAGCAAAAAACAAACUUUCUGAGCAUUGGACUAGGAGUUAUUGUUAUUCCAGGUCUCACAAGUCCAACAGUCGGACACAAGCUCAGUGCUUGGCAGUGGGCAUAUGUUAAUCUAUGGAGAGGUAGUCAUUAUCGUCCCGCAUCACCACCGCUCGCGGCUUUGGUUCCCUGGGAAGAUUAUGGAGAUUGCUGGUGCAGCACACCCCGGGAUGGCAUGUCGCAGAUUGGCAUUGACCUAGGCCAAAAGAUUGUACCGGAGGAAGUAGCCGUCGAACACAUGCCAAAGACGGCUACAUUGAAGCCCGAAAAUGCCCCCCGGGAGAUGGAGCUCUGGGCCCAGUACGUACUCGUCCAGAAGGGAACCAGCCGACCUGCAAGAACGCAAGCGGAGCGAUUUUCCAUCCACAAGCCGAUUAUGGACGCCCUCCGGUCCGCGUGGCCCACCGAGGAUCCGACUGCGUACUCUGAUGAUCCGCUCCUAGGACCGACAUAUUACCGAGUCGGGAAAUUCACAUACGAUAUCCACGGCUCGCACCACGUGCAGCGAUUCGAACUAGACGCGGUGAUCGACUCCCCAGAAGUUCGGGUGGACAGGGUUGUAUUUCGGGCCACGUCGAACUGGGGCGGCAAUCACACGUGUAUCUAUCGACUGAAGCUAUUCGGUCAUGUAUAG